UCGAUUUAAACAAGAAAAUGGAGCUAAAACAUUACAUUGGAUGUACAUAUAAGAGAAUUUUGCAUAUUUAAACAAUUUAAUCAACCUAUGAAAUGUUAAGCGAAUAUGGACCAGCUCAUGAAAGAAAAUUUGUGAUCAGCUGUGUUCUAAAUAUUAAAAAUUUUGAAUAUAUGAAGCAAUUGGCAAGGGAACAUCAAAGAAAUUAGCAAAGCACGAAGCAGCAAAGAACCUAUUAAAAAUUAUGGAAGAUGAACUCACAUCAGAAGAAAAUUAUUUUCAAAUCGACUGAAUUGGAUUUAGUUUUAGUUAUCGACCCCUCGAUCAAAUAUUUCUUAAGAGGCUCAUUUCUUACUCAGGUUGUUACUCUGAUCGUUGUAAACAAACUUUUGCAUUUUAAUCGACUGAAAGUUUGCUUUUCCUUUUGUUUCUUACUUUCCUUGGUUAAAUAUGGAUGAAAAAGAGUAUGAUUGGAUAAAAAUAUAAUGAUUCUUUAUUAAAAAAUGUGUAAGAUUUAAAUCUUAAAUGUUAAUGUAAAGGAUUAAAACAUAAAAAAAUGGAACAUAAGAACAAAAGUUUAUUUUUUGCUGAAGAUCUUAGUGAUAUUUUUUUACGAGUUCGACCAGAAUUGAAGAAUGUUUUUCCUCAAGCUUUUCAACCUGUUGAAGCUGGCUCAAUAAUAGAAAUAUCUGGAUACUCUGGUUCAGGAAAAAGUUGUUUUACUUUAGAUUUGAUUGCAUCUACACUGAUAUCAAACCUUGAAGCGAAUAAUCCCAAAGUUCUCCUCAUAGAUACAGAUAAGAGUUUAAAUAUUAUAAAGCUUUGUGAAAUUUGUAAUGAUAAAUUAACAACAGAAAGUGGCAGCCCGACAGAUCUACGAGAUCAUAUUGAGCGACUUCAAAUAAUGACGUGUGAUCGAUUGAAUUUCUCAAGCAUUUUUUCUAAACUUGAAGCGAUAUUAACAGAUGAUCCUCAAAUAUCUUUAAUUAUUCUUGAUAACCUUGGUGUUUUCUAUUAUUUUCAAUCAUCUAUGAACUUAGAAGAAACAUCGACAGUAACAAAAAAGGAGAAUUAUAUCGCAUCUUACCUCAAAAAAUUUAAUCUACUUUGUGAAAAGUUUAAAGUUACAUUUGUCUAUGUCAAGCCUCAUUAUAUUAUGAAUCAUCGUGAAAUUCGGGAAAACUUUACUACACAUUCUGUCACUCUUGAAAAAAUCGACGGAGAAACAUUUUCAAUGGAUAUAAGACAAAAAGAAGAAUUCAAAGGAAAAUAUUUUUAUUCAGUGGCCUCCAAUGGUUUGAAGUUUAAAGAAUGUGACGACAAUUGA